GCUACCAUUCAUCAUCCAUCGCAUCCCGCGUCGGCCGUGUACUGUACAUACUCUGUACAGGGUCUGUACUGUGCAGGGUGGAACAAGUCGAGUUCCGGCUGCAAGCUAGCGGUCAAGCAUUGCCAAGCCAUGGUCAAAAAGGCUUGUCUCUGCCUGAACCAAUGUAUCCAUGCAUCCAUGUCCUUCUUCAUCCUGCCACACUACAAGACUCUUGCGACGUACGGCGACGGUCCGAUUACCCAACAACAUAAACAUGUAUCCAAACGCAGAACGAUUCUGCUAGCCUCCCUGAAGCACUGCAGCUGCUUAUCUACACUACUUCCUCUUCCUUGCGCCAUGCAUUUACCUGCUCAAGUACUUGGCAUCCAGCUAUCCCCGAAGAAGCCGAAGCUCCGCCGAGCGAAGAGUGCCAACCGCCUACAUGCUUGUAUCAUCACUACACAACCUAUCCAUCCCUCUGCCACCUCUACGAGAGCUGCAUGUAGUCUCGACCCGUCAGCGAUGAGAAAUGAACCUGAUGGCGAUAAAUGCAAAGCUGGCCACGGUGACGACGACAUCUGGGGUGUCAUCAACCCACGCGACACACGCAUCCAGAUUUACCUCUCUCUCGCCCUCGGCUUGACCGCCUUCUUGACCUUCUGCUGGCUUCGCCCACGAUGGCAAGGCUUAUACGCUGCUCGCAAAAAGCAAAACAACCGUGCAACUGCUCUCCCAGAUCUACCAAACACCUUCUUUGGCUGGAUAUUGCCCUUAUGGCGCAUCACCGACGACCAAGUGCUGGCCUCUGCUGGCCUCGACGCAUACGUCUACUUGACCUUCUUCAAGAUGGCUCUCAAGUUCCUCGUCGUUGCCCUAUUCUUCGCUCUCGCCGUCAUCAAACCCGUCCAUGAUACCCAUCCGGAAAAGAAGAUACCGGCCGAUGGUGACAAAGCCGAGCGCGCCCCCUAUGCUACUUGGACAGCCAUGGCCACAGACUACGAAUACUACACCGACUACCUGUGGAUGUAUCUGGUCUUUGCCUAUCUGUUUACAGCCUUGAUCCUGUAUCUGAUCGUGGCGGAAACAAGGAAGAUCAUCGAAGUCAGGCAGAAAUACUUGGGCAGUCAAACUACCAUAACAGACCGCACCAUUCGAUUGUCUGGGAUUCCACUCGAGCUGAGGUCCGAGGACAAGAUUCGUGCAUUCAUCGAAGGUCUGGAAAUCGGAAAAGUGGAAAGUGUUACCCUGUGUAAAAACUGGGGGGAGUUGGACAAACGCAUAUCACAGAGACAUGUUGUGCUUCGAAAACUCGAAGAAGCUUGGACCGUACACCUCGGUAGCAGAAGGAUAGGCCGCAGUCUCGAGACACUCCCGGUCGUUCAACCAACACCGCCGGCGUCGGAUGUAGAGAUGGGGGAGAGUAGUGAGGCCGAGACUGCCCGUCUACUGAGCGACGGUGACGGCGAUCCAGAUGAUGCACUGCGCGACACGCGCCCGCGGCCAAUGGCGAAAAUCUGGUACGGUCGCUUCAAGCUCAGGUUCAAGAACGUGGACGCCAUCGAUUACUAUGAAGAAAAGCUUCACAGACUGGAUGCAGAAAUCAAAACCUUGAGGAAAAAGGAUUUUGAACCUACCCCGCUGGCUUUUGUGACCAUGGAUAGCGUGGCUACUGCUCAAAUGGCAAUUCAAGCUGUCCUGGACCCUUCACCCCUGCAGUUGCUGGCUAAUAGCAGCCCGGCUCCCUCUGAUGUUGUCUGGGUCAACACCUAUCUCCCCCGCGGUAAGAGGAUGAUGCGAGCUUGGUCCAUCACUUUCUUCAUUGGCAUUCUCAGUGUCUUCUGGACUGUGUUAUUAGUACCAAUCGCGGGUGCUUUGAAUACCUGCACGAUCAACGAGGUGUUUCCCCGACUAGCUAGUGCAAUAGCUGAUCACCCUCUUCUAUCAUCGCUGGUGAUGACUCAGUUGCCUACGCUGGCGGCAACACUGCUCAACGUCUUGGUUCCAUUCUUCUACGAUUGGCUAGCCAAUCAACAAGGGAUGAUCUCGCAAGGCGAUGUAGAGCUCUCCGUCAUAUCAAAGAAUUUCUUCUUUACAUUCUUCAAUUUCUUCGUGGUUUUCACUACACUCGGUACUGCUUCCAAUCUGUUGGACAUGCUCGAACGAUUUGGAGAGAGGUUUUCGGACGCGACAACCAUAGCCAAUACUCUCGCCAAAUCACUGGCUCGGUUGUUGGGAUUUUACACCAACCUCAUCCUUCUUCAAGGUUUUGGUCUGUUCCCGCUACGGUUGAUGGAAUUUGGUGCUCUGUCUUUGUACCCGAUCAAUCUAAUUGGAGCAAAAACGCCUCGAGACUAUGCAGAGCUGGUUCAACCACCCGUUUUCAGCUAUGGGUUCUUCUUGCCGCAAACGAUACUCAUCUUCAUAAUCUGCUUGGUGUACAGUGUGUUGCGAGACUCCUGGCAGGUGCUGUUAAGCGGAAUAGCAUAUUUCAUGAUCGGCCAUUUCGUGCACAAAUACCAAUUGCUCUAUGCAAUGGAGCACCGACAACAUUCUACCGGCAAAGGUUGGACGAUGAUGUGUGAUCGAGCCAUAUUGGGCGUCGGACUCUUCCAAUUGACUCUGGCCGGCCAACUGGCCUUGCGCAAAGCAUUCAGGCGAGCCGUGCUGAUUGCUCCCCUUUUCAUCGCAACAAUAUGGUUCGCGUAUGUAUAUGGCCGCACGUACAGGCCUCUGAUGAAAUACAUUGCUUUGCGGAGUCUUCGCCAAAAUUCAGACGUCGGUCGGGCAGUCCAAGAAGAUGCGGAAACAAACGAAGGCAUCGCCACUGGGGGCCGUCAAACUGUGGAUGAGGUUCGGGAAAGCGGUCUCCGCUUUGAGCAUCCAAGCUUGGUCUCAUUACGCCGUCUCUCCUUAGAUUCCCAGUCGCACCUUUUACUCUCGACCGGAGGCACCAUGUUGGACCCUUCUGGUGAUUCCGUGCGUGAUUCGCAUAGUCCAAUAAAGCUUGAACGCGCUCUUUUACCAUCACACAGUGGGAGUUACCGGGAACAAGCAUGUACUCUAUCAGGGUAUCCAUCGACAAUAUCAAGACGAACAGAAGUCUUUCGGCACGUGUUUCCUCGUUCUCGUCACGUAUCUUCCGCAUCGCAAUCCAUCGCGUCGACUGCAAGAAGUCGGAACCCGAACACAGGUCCUGUUCCAUCGGAUGCGUCACCUAAACGACGGGAAGUCUUUCACAAAGCCAUCACUUCUUUUUUCCACGGCACCCAUUCGCGAGAUGGCACAUCACGUUUGGUGCCUCUUGUCGCUCGUUCCAGUGCUUCCAGCUAUCAAUCUAUAGGCGAUCCGGAAUCCAUUCGUGGAUCCUUUCCGAGCUUGGACCUGGUGUCACCCGAUGCAUUCUGUUUCAGCGGACCAAGUUUGGGAUCUCUUUCUGUUUCUGUGGACACUUCCAUGUCUCGUCAACCUUGCGUUACGAAAAACGGAAGUGACAGUGGGUCGAACUACGGCGUACGUUCGGAAUCAGUCUCAGCCAAGAACAGCUUAUUAGGCGAUGCCAUUCUAGAGCCUUCUGUCGAUAGCAGCCGUUUCUGUAACAUAUCAGAUAUGCUCUCGAGCACGGACACAACUUCGGAAGAAUCGAGCUUCUAUAUGCUGCGCACUAAAGACCAGAACCUACAAUCAGUGCCUUGCGAGGAAAAUACUAACAAAUUCGCUCGAAGCACUGCAUUUGAUACAAGAGGGGUCGAUGGGUUCAAGUUGGGUUUGAAUAACACUUCACGGAUAGUGUCGCGAGCGCCGAGUCGGCCGCCUUCGCCCAAUUUUCCCGUCUCCCAUCGGAUCCCGCAUGAAAUACUAAUGCUCAUAUAUGAGAACCUGGGCCCCCGGGAUUUCAAUUCGGCGCGUCAUACCUGUCAUAUUUGGUUAGAAGCCAGUCUGGACAGAAAGAUUUUGCUGAAAAUGUUACACAGAGGAGGAUGGGCGGAUAGUGAGAAUUCGGAACCAGGCCACCAAGAUUUUCCAGGAUCCGAAAGCAUUCUCACAAAGUCAGUUCCAGGGACAUGGUCUCUUAGUCGACGGUUAACGAGGGAAUGUGCGAUGCUCUCCAAUAGGAUCCCAGAUGGGCUCAUACAGUCAGCACCCUUGUUUGUGAAUAGGUUCAAUGUAGAUUUCACCGAACUGGGAAAUGGGGCCAUGGGCAAAUUUCGCCAUCCUGCCGGUGGUAAAAGUGCGGGCUUACUUUUCAGCAUCAGUGUUUGCGGAAAAUACUUGCUUGUCGCAAGAGAUACGAUGAUUUACGUCUACAAACUGCGAGGCAGUGAUAUGGUCGCUCUGUCCACCAUCAUGUGCCCGAGGAGAGUUCUAUCCAUGGCCAUGGAUGCAUCGUCUGGCCGUAACGCAGUCGCCGCUCUACUGGAAUGCAGGAUGGGUAUGAUCUGUGAGCUGCAACUAGAUGAUGCGCAGCAGGUCGAAUCAUUAUGUGAUACCAAUGUAGAGAGUCUACGAGAUCAAUGCCAGCCUCGGACUGGCAUACCCAGCGAUACUCGCGAGGCAAACGGGCUCCAAUCCGAGACAAGCAAAGUUUUCAACUCCAUUCACGUCUCUCGCGAGAACGGCUCUCACUCAACUGUUGAUGACGAGGAUGUAUUCGAGUCCAUCAAAGUCCAAUCAAAUCGACACGCUCUCACAUUACAAGCAACCAACAAUCCCCAAACUCACGAGCAAAACUACAUUAACCAUACAUGGAACAUGCGCCUUCGUGGACUGAGACGGGGAUCCUCGGUCGGAUCCCAUUCCCCAGCUGCGCACAUGUGUUCAGGAACGAUUCCGAUGGAAACCAGUACCUCGACCUUUUAUCGCCAUUUGUGCUCCGAAGAGGAUCCACCACGCAGUGUAUCUAUAUGCCCCCAACGUCUUUGUGUAGCUUUCGGCUGCUCAGCUGGCGUUGAACUCCACUGGGUUGAUGCACUGACCGGACAGAGCUUGAGUCGCUGGUUCCCACUCACUGCUCCUUCCGACUAUCUAAAUUGCGUUUGAUCUCC